CCAGACUAACAAAAAAGAGCAUAUACAAGAUUCACAGACAAGAGAGAAUGACUUGACUAAAUCUCCUUUGUCUCGUUGUGUUUUGGUAUGGCAGGAAGAAGCUUCUCCUUAUUCUCUACUUGAUAUCUGUUUGAAUUUCCUGACUGCCAACCUAGAGAAGUUCUGCACAGAAAGGCAAGAUGGAACACUAUGCUUGCAGGAGCCAGGAAUGUUUCCCCAGGAGGUGGCUGAUCGCCUGCUGCAGACGAUGGCAUUUCAUGGGCUCCUGAAUGAUGGAACCGUGGGCAUCUUCCGAGGCAACCAGAUGCGUUUGAAACGAGCUUGUAUCCGGAAAGCCAAAAUCUCGGCCGUGGCGUUCCGGAAAGCAUUCUGCCAUCACAAGCUGGUGGAACUUGAUGCUACUGGGGUCAAUGCAGAUAUAACAAUCACAGACAUUAUAAGUGGACUUGGCAGCAAUAAAUGGAUCCAACAGAACCUGCAAUGCCUCGUGCUGAACUCACUAACUCUUUCCUUAGAAGACCCGUAUGAGAGGUGUUUCAGUCAGCUGUCUGGGCUUCGCGCCUUGAGCAUCACCAAUGUGCUGUUCUAUAACGAGGACUUGGCAGAUGUUGCUUCACUUCCUAGGCUGGAAAGUCUGGAUAUAUCCAACACCUCUGUCACUGACAUAACAGCACUCCUCACCUGCAAAGACCGACUCAAGUCUUUGACCAUGCACCACCUGAAAUGCUUGAAAAUGACUACGACGCAGAUUCUGGAUGUUAUCAGAGAACUGAAGUACCUGAAUCACCUGGACAUUUCGGAUGACAAGCAGUUCACAUCGGACAUAGCUCUUCGUUUGCUGGAACAGAAGGACAUCUUACCUAACCUUGUGUCUUUGGACAUUUCUGGAAGAAAACACGUUACAGAUAAAGCUGUGGAAGCGUUUAUUCAGCAGCGGCCCACGAUGCAGUUCGUGGGGCUGCUGGCUACGGACGCAGGCUACUCCGAGUUCCUCACAGGAGAAGGAAGCCUAAAGGUGUCAGGAGAAGCAAAUGAGACUCAGAUCGCUGAAGCACUGAAGCGUUACAGUGAACGAGCCUUCUUUGUGAGAGAAGCACUCUUCCACUUAUUCAGCCUGACACACGUGAUGGAAAAAACAAAGCCUGAAAUUUUAAAGCUUGUGGUGAUUGGAAUGAGAAAUCACCCUCUGAACUUGCCUGUGCAGUUGGCAGCGAGUGCUUGUGUCUUUAACCUGACCAAGCAAGACUUGGCUGCAGGGAUGCCUGUGCGGCUGCUGGCCGAUGUCACCCACCUGCUCCUGAAGGCCAUGGAGCACUUCCCCAACCACCAACAGCUGCAGAAGAAUUGCCUUCUUUCACUAUGCAGUGACAGAAUCCUUCAGGAUGUUCCAUUUAACAGGUUUGAAGCAGCCAAACUUGUUAUGCAGUGGCUGUGUAAUCACGAAGAUCAAAACAUGCAAAGGAUGGCUGUAGCCAUAAUAUCCAUUCUGGCUGCAAAGCUUUCAACAGAGCAAACUGCUCAACUUGGUGCAGAACUUUUCAUUGUUAGGCAACUUUUACAAAUAGUUAAACAGAAAACAAAUCAGAAUCUUGUAGAUACCACCCUCAAGUUCACACUGAGUGCACUUUGGAACCUCACUGAUGAAUCUCCAACAACGUGUCGGCACUUCAUUGAAAAUCAAGGGCUAGAACUCUUCAUGAGAGUCUUAGAGUCUUUUCCAUCUGAAUCAUCCAUCCAACAGAAAGUUCUUGGACUUCUGAACAACAUAGCUGAAGUUAAAGAGCUCCAUUCUGAGUUAAUGUGGAAGGACUUUAUAGACCACAUCAGUAAAUUAUUGCACAGUGUGGAAGUGGAAGUUAGCUACUUUGCAGCAGGGAUUAUUGCUCACUUGAUAUCUCGAGGAGAGCAGGCAUGGACAUUGAGUCGCAGCCAGAGGACAUCUCUCCUUGAGCAGCUGCAUUCUGCCAUUUUGAAUUGGCCAACCCCAGAAUGUGAGAUGGUGGCUUACAGGUCUUUCAACCCAUUUUUUCCACUACUUGGCUGUUUCAUGACACCUGGUGUCCAGUUAUGGGCAGUGUGGGCCAUGCAGCACGUCUGCAGCAAAAAUCCUGCCAGAUACUGCAGCAUGUUAAUUGAAGAAGGAGGUUUACAGCACUUGUACAACAUCAAGGAAAACGUCCAGACUGAUCCCGAUGUCCAGAGGAUUGCUAUUGCCAUCCUAGAUAGUUUAGAAAAGCACAUUAUGCGCCACGGGAGACCACCACCGUGUAGGAAACAGCAACAGACCAAACCAAACUGAAAGCUGUAGGUAGAGGAGUGUAAACUAUUGUCUCUGUAAUAAUCCUUCCUGAUGUGUGUGUAGCUGGAGUAACUUGUAAUAUAUUGGUCACCAUUAAAGUGAUUUGCCAGUAACUGUGGUACCCAGAACUACGUAUGGAAACCUUUGCUGAGUGUCAGCUUAAAUGGCAACUGCAUAUGCAACUUGUAAAGGGUCAUGGCUUGAGCUGGUCAUACUGGUGGGGCUAGUGCUGGCUGCAAAGAGUGGGGACUUGUACAGAUCGACGUGCACAUCUGAAACAAAGACUUAAAGGAAUAUCUUGUUUUGUGACUUCUGGGAGAAAAAAUGAUUUCAUCCCUGUGAUUGCUCUUCAUAACACUGUUCACCAGUUUGGUGUUUGCCUCGAACUGUGUGUGGUUGUGAGACUCAACACUUGUACAGACUAAAGCAAAAGUCCAUGCAUGCA